GCGGCGUCGCGCCGGCUGCGGGAGGUGGCCCGUGGGGCCGCCGCCGGGGAGGCGGCGGGCCGGCCGGCGCGGCUGCUGCAGGGCGAGGCGCGGCACGGGGCGGUGGGUCAGACGCCUCGAAGUGGGCCUGAUCGGGGACCAGAAAUCCGAUGACGAGGCGUCCGAUUCACCACAGCCGUCCGUGCGGUCGAACCAUUCGAGGCGACCGAGGUUGUCAUCGGAGUCCCACGGGCAUGAUGGAAAUGCUAGGGGCCAGGGUAACGCCAAGACCAGCAUCCUUGAGGCCGACAGCAUCGGCUCCAUGUUCGAAAUUGCUGAAGCAGAGAUCGAAGAAGACUGGCUUCGCGACGUUGAUGAGCUACCAGGAAAUAUCUACCGCAUCGCAGCUCUCGGCACGCUGACGGAUAAAGUUUGCGUUUGGGACGCGGACCCGUCUGUCAUUGUCAUGAGGCUGGUCCGGUUAAUGGGUUUCAUCACCAUCUUCCUGAUCCAGAUCAGUGGCCCUCCUCUCCUCAUCGCCAGCGUCUAUUUUCGAUGGGGGGACGUGGCACAGAAUCACAAAGAUGGCGGAAUCCAUUGGGACGAGUGGAAGCCAUCUUUUUCAGAUUGGUUCCAUAUAAGGACGACUAAGAUGUUGUCCACACUGUUCUUAUUCGUCUUUUCUAUCAAUGGUCUGUACACGAUCCUCCAGGAGAAGCAUUCGUGGGCGAAGAUAUACAAGACGUUCCGCUACCUGAAAUACCACACAGGAAUCAUGGACUCGAGGUGCGAGUAUUUUCUGGUGUUGGACGCCUUCACCAAUACAUGGGUCAUCCUGUUGACCUGCAUAGCCUCCUUCACGAUUCUGGGUGCCAGCUUCAGUCCAAGGAAUGUGCUCUUCGAUGCUCUAGGUCUUCUCUUCCUCUACAACCUCGACGAUGUCGACGGUGACCUCGGCUUCGUCAGCCAGGACGACUGGGAUGGCCUGCGCCUGGGAUGGAUCUACCGGGAGAUGGUGCAGCGAGACAAGAUCUAUCGCAUGAGCACGGUGUGCGACGAGCAAUCGGAGUACGAUCCUCAGGACGUCGGCAGGACAGGCAGAGUGGUCCUCAGGUUGUACGAUAUCGUGUCGGUGCUCUUGGCGGUCGGCGCGCUUGUCAUGCCAUCGGUAGCGUUGUUCACCCCGUUUCUCGCGAUUGUCCCAGAGGGCUUUGACUGA